UUUUGCUAAUUUGACACUGAAGUGGAAGCUGGUGGAGAAAAACUUCUCCAGACAUGUACAAUCGUCACACGGUGACCCCGGUUCUGUGAGCGGAGUUAGAGCUCUAAAUGUCCGUGUGAGGGUCCUCAGACACCGGGCUGCUCAGUUCAUCGACCCGCUCUGAUUUUUAUAGCCGCUGUUAGCCUGCGGAUGCUAACUUCAGCUAGCCCGAAGCUACCGUAGUUAGCUUGUUCCAACUCGCCACACAGGCAGAAUUCCUGCUGAUUCUUCUCUGGUUUUAUCGUCUCACCGGUGCGCCGCCAGCACAGCGAGUGAUGUGGAGAGUAACUUUACAAGCGUUUGGUGUUUUGCUGCUGGCCUGGUUCUUCGGGAACUUUGUUCUGGGUUGGUUUCAACAAAACAACGUAAAACCCCAAACGCAGCACAGCGAGCAUCCGAGCGGAGCCCCGGACAGCUCGGACCAGAGCUGCCUCUGCCAUCUGACCGGAGUCCUGGACGACUGCUUCUGUGACGUGGAGAGCAUCGACGUCUUCAACAACUUCAACAUUUACCCUCUGGUCCAGAAGCUGACGGAGAGAGACUACUUCAGAUACUACAGGGUGAACCUGAAGCGACCGUGUCCUUUCUGGCCUGAUGACGGACACUGCUCCAUUAAAGACUGUCAUGUGGAGCCCUGUCCUGAGAGUAAGAUCCCCGUCGGCAUCAAGUCUGGGAACUACAACAAGUACUCCCAGGCAGCGAAUACGAUGUCGGACAUGACUGAGUGUGAGCAGGCCAAAGAGCUUGGCGCCAUCAACAGCACCCUGAGUAACCAGAGCAAAGAGGCGUUCGCUGACUGGGCGAGACACGACGACGCUCAGGACCACUUCUGUGAGCUGGAUGAUGAAACUUCUCCAGACGCUGACUACGUGGAUCUGCUGCUGAAUCCAGAGAGAUUCACUGGAUAUAAGGGACCUUCAGCCUGGAGAGUCUGGAACAGCAUCUACGAGGAAAACUGCUUCAAGCCCAGAUCAGUGUACCGACCUCUGAACCCUCUGGCUCCGAGCAGAGGUGACGAUGAUGGUGAAGGUUUCUACAAGUGGCUCGAAGGUUUGUGUUUGGAGAAGAGAGUUUUUUACCGGCUCAUCUCCGGCCUCCACAGCAGCAUCAACAUCCACCUGUGUGCCGAGUACCUGCUGGACGAGGGGUGGGGCCGGUCGGUGUGGGGCCCAAACAUCCAGGAGUUUCGGAGUCGCUUCGACCCGGCUGAGACGAAGGGCGAGGGCACGCGGCGCCUGAAGAACCUCUACUUCCUGUACCUGAUCGAGCUGCGUGCGCUCUACAAGGUGGCGCCGUACUUUGAACGGGCCUUCGUCAACCUGUACACAGGAAACACUCAGGAGGACAGCACCACCAAGGACCUGCUGCUGCAGGUCUUCAACGAGAUCAAAUCGUUCCCGAUGCACUUCGACGAGAAGUCCAUGUUCGCCGGACACAAGAUGGAGGCCAAGACGCUGAAGGAGGAGUUCCGCCUCCAUUUCAAAAACAUCUCCAGGAUCAUGGACUGUGUCGGCUGCAGCAAGUGUCGAGUGUGGGGGAAACUUCAGACUCAGGGUCUGGGCACGGCUCUGAAGAUCCUCUUCUCCGAGAAAGAGAUCAAGAACCUUCCUGAACACAGCCCGUCUAAAGGCUUCCAGCUCACCCGACAAGAGAUUGUGGCGCUGAUGAACGGCUUCGGCAGGUUGUCCACCAGUAUACAACAGCUCCACAACUUCCGCCUGCUGUUGAAGGAGAAAAGGUAACAGGAAGUGACACUUCACCUGGCUGCACCUGGCCUGUGGGCGGAGCCAGCCCUCAGAGAACUGCAAUAGUCUCAUUGUUGCCAGGGAGACGGGUUUUUUUUAAUGGACAUCAGGAUCAGCAGUGAAAUUAACAAAACCCACUUCCUCCUUUUAUAUCCCAUGAAUCUGAUUUCCCCUCAGUAACAUCCUCUUCCUCCUCCUCUUCCUCCUCCUCUUCCUCCUCCGUCAUGAAUGUUAACUCUUCUGCCUCCUUUUGCCUUUGUCACCUGACGUGUUUCUUCUCUGCCGUCGGCACCAAACUCUAAACUCCUUUAAUUUAAUUUAAUGUUUUUGUGAAGUCGCUGUGGAGAAGUCGCUGUGAGGUCGUGACCUCCGUCAGCCCGAUGGAAACGAUCAGACGUUCAGCAGGAAGUGAUGUAACAGAGCGAACCUGGACGCAGAUUAUUAACCUGCGUUCACCAGGAAGUGACUGAGUCUGAUUUAAAGCCGUCGGGGGGGACUUUCGUCACUUCAAGGGUCAUCUCUCUUCCUUUGCUGACCCCGCCCUCUGAUGACAUCACAUCCUGUUGGAUUGGACACUUGUAAACCUGACUCAGCUCUUCUGUGAGGACGUACAUAGACUUUGUCCCGAGGCAGGACUCGGGAUGAGAGAACGUCGGAACCGUCAGGACGCUGCUGCCUGUUUUUUUGGGGGGGUUUUUUUCUUCCUCCUCCUCUUCCUCUUCCUCCUCCUCUUCCUCUUCCUCC